CACCUACAACAUCAACAGGCUUCAUCUCUUAGAUUGCUGUUUUUGCAUUGAAUAUCUGUAUUAUUUUUAUACCUCACAGCCUCUAAUUCAGUCAUCAUGGCUCGCAAGUUCUUCGUCGGCGGCAACUUCAAGAUGAACGGGUCUAUCUCGUCCAUCAAGGAGAUUGUCGAGAACCUGAACAAGGCUACUCUCGACCCCAAUGUCGAGGUCGUCAUCUCCCCCUCCGCCCUGCACCUCCUCCUCGUCCGCGAUAGCCUCCGCCAGGGAAUUGAGGUUGCCUCCCAGAACGUUUUCGACAAGCCCAAUGGCGCUUUCACCGGCGAAAUCUCCGUCUCGCAGCUGAAGGACAGCGGCAUCACCUGGACCAUCCUGGGCCACUCCGAGCGCCGCACCAUCCUCCGCGAGAGCGACGAGGUCGUAGCCCUCAAGACCAAGUACGCCACUGAGAACGGCGUUGGUGUUAUCUGGUGCUGCGGUGAGUCCCUGGAGGAGCGUGAGGCCGGCAAGACGAUCGACGUCGUCAGCAAGCAGCUCGCCGCCCUCAAGGCCCAGGUUUCUGACUGGUCCCAAAUCGUCAUCGCCUAUGAGCCCAUCUGGGCCAUUGGCACUGGCAAGGUUGCCACCACCGAGCAGGCUCAGGAGGUCCACAAGGCCAUCCGAGAGUGGCUCAAGACCAACGUUAGCGACAAGGUCGCCGACGAGACCCGUAUCCUGUACGGUGGCAGCGUCAACGAGAAGAACUGCGGCGAGCUCAGCAAGCAGGCCGACAUUGACGGCUUCCUCGUUGGCGGUGCUUCCCUCAAGCCUGCCUUUGUCGACAUCAUCAACUGCCAGAAGCAGUAAAUGGGUUCUCAUGUACAGGGAAAACAGAACUCGGUAGAAAAUAAUCAUACUGUGGGGGGAAAAGAAAAAAAAAAAGCAAUGAGGCUUCUGCAUGGAGAAUAGAAACCAUAAAAUAUACCCAAGUCUCUCCAUAUGAUUGGAUUGAUUUUACA